GAAAAAAAGAAGCAGUAGAAGUGAGAAAUAGAGAGUAGUGAAAGGGAGGCACCCCACCCACCAAGAACCGAAGCUGAGGUUCGGAUGGUGACAGCCAGGCUCGGACCUGACUGAGCCUCUCGAAAAAAGCCAAGGGAGGUACCCUCGAAAAUAAUGGAGUGUUCCAAAGCAAGAGAAGAGAGAGAGUGAAACAGGGUUUUAGAGAGAGACGCAGCACCAACAACACCAGCCAUAGAUUAGAUGAUGGGUCAGAUCGUGCGGAGGAAGAAGAAGGGACGUCCAUCAAAGACAGAUCUAGCACGCCGCUCCGGUCAAUCUCCGGCAUCCUCCCAGCCAGACCUACGACGGAGCCGCCGCCGCCGGAAUGUGCGCUACAACAUCGACUACGACGACUACCUUGACGAGGAGGACGAGGACGAAGAGGAGGACGAGAGGAGGCGCGAGAAGAAGAAGCUCAAGCUGGUGGUGAAGCUCAACAACAACGAGGAGGAAGACGAUGACGAGGAGGAGGACGCGCCGAGUCAUGUGGGGGCGCGUGGAGUGCACGCGCAGGAGGAAAAGGGGGAGGAGGAGGAGGAUGAGGGAGAGGAGGAAGAGGAAGAGGAGGAGGAAGGGAAUGAGGAGGCGGAGGAGCUGGAAGAAGAGCGUGAGGCAAAGGGAAGAAAAGUGGAUUCUAAAGGGCUCCACUCAGUUUCAGUGUUAGGAACUCCGUCGAAGCUUCCACCUGGGAUUCCGUUGCCUGACAAGAGGACCCUGGAGUUGAUCCUUGACAAGCUUCAGAAGAAGGACACAUAUGGUGUGUAUGCUGAACCAGUUGAUCCAGAAGAGCUUCCUGAUUAUCAUGAUGUGAUUGAGAAUCCAAUGGACUUUGCCACAGUGAGGAAGAAAUUGGCAAAUGGAUCCUAUCCUACCUUGGAACAAUUUGAGAGUGAUGUAUUUUUGAUUUGCUCGAAUGCAAUGCAAUACAAUGCAGCGGAGACUAUAUACCACAAACAGGCAAGAUCGAUACAAGAACUGGCCAGGAAAAAGUUUGAAAAGUUACGGUUUGACUUUGAUCGCUCUCAGAGUGAGCUGAAGUCUGAACAAAAAACUAGAUCUAAUUCCCUGGUUAAGAAGUCAGCAAAGAAGCCACUGGGUCAUACUUCACAGGAACCAAUUGGCUCUGAUUUUUCCUCAGGUGCAACUCUUGCUACUAUAGGAGAUGUAUUGCCAACAUCCCAUCCAAUGCAAGGUGUCGUUUGUGAAAGGCCUGGAAAUAUUGAUGGUCUUGUGGAGGGGAAUGCUUUCAUUAUUGAUGCAAAUCAAGAGAAAGCAGAAGACUACAUAUCAGGGAGGGGUCUGCUUUCCAAGUUGGGAAGGAAACCAUCUACGCAAGAUAUGGAACGUCGUGCAACUUAUAAUAUGCCUAAUCCACCAGCUAUUAGAUCGGAUUCUGUAUUUACAACAUUUGAGGGUGAAGUGAAGCAGCUGGUUACUGUUGGACUUCAAGCUGAGCACUCCUAUGCCAGGAGUUUGGCUCGUUUUGCUGCAACUCUAGGACCUACAGCUUGGAGAAUCGCUUCCCAGAGGAUUCAGCAGGCACUACCACCUGGCUGUAAAUUUGGUCGUGGUUGGGUUGGAGAGUAUGAACCACUUCCCACACCAGUAUUAAAGCUUGAUAAUCUUGCCCAGCAGCAACCUAUUUUGGGGACUAAGAUGCAGUCUACUGCUGAGUUAAUAAAGGCUGACAAAAAUAUUAAGAAUGUGGAAUCCACCUCGGAACAUCCUGUUAAUGGACCAAUCCAUGAGGGAAAACAGCCUUCUGUGUGUUCUAGUAGUGGGCUUACAUCGGAUGGCAAAUCAUCUUUGUUUGGUUCUGCUGGAUCAAGACCCAAUUCUCAUGACAAUCUCUUUUAUCCACAGCCCAAUGUCCAAACUAGGAACCUCAACAAGUCUGAGAACAAGGGUUUGAAACAAGUGGAAUUGAACUCUUUACCCUCCAGUGAUCAGAAUAAUGGCAGUCUAGUUGCAAAGCUUACAAGUAAUACUCCUGCAGCAGUGUCUAAGCCCAGAGAAAUGAUACCUAGUAACUUGACUAUUUUACCGUCUAUGCCUUUCAAGCAGCCAGAUACCAACGGAGUUGUUGGUGGAGAGUUGCCCAAUGGAAAAGUAAGGAAUACUAGUUUAAACAGACGGAUACCUGGUGCAUCAUCUGAAAGUACGUCAAAUCAAACAGGUAGAUCAGCUCCCUUUGUUACCCAUGGACAGGAGCAGACUCUUAGUGACCCAGUUCAGUUGAUGAGGAUGUUAGCUGAAAAGACACAAAAACAACAGACUUCUAGUUCUUCCAAUCAUUCCCCUGCUGACACCCCACCAGUGACCCCAUCAGUUCCAUCGGGACGGAGAGAGGAUUUGAGCAAUGCUUCAGCAGCAGCUGCCCGUGCAUGGAUGUCUGUUGGUGCAGCAGGUUUUAAACAAGGACCUGAAAUUUCUAGUUCACCCAAAAGUCAGAUUUCCGCAGAAUCAUUGUACAACCCAGCGAGAGAGUUCCAUCAGCCCUUUUCACGAAUUAGGGGAGAGUUUUCUUCUGGUGGAACGCCUUUCCAGUCUGAGAAGAACAAUUUUCCAUUUCAGGCACUUGUACCCCAAUCUCAAGCUCUUCAACCAGUUGGUGCUUCACAGUUUCCAAACAGACCUAUGGUCUUCCCUCAAGUAGCAGCUUCUGACUUGUCAAGAUUUCAGAUACCACCUUGGCGGGGUAUCCGACCUCACAGUCAACCAAGACAGAAACAGGAAACACUUCCUCCUGACCUGAACAUUGGUUUCCAACCUCCUGGUUCACCUGCAAAACAAUCAUCUGGUGUGCUGGUUGACUCUCAGCAACCAGACCUUGCUUUGCAACUGUGACAUGUUAUUGUAUUUCUGUUGUGGAUGUAUCCACAAGAUUGACUGAUUGUGGAAUUUCGGCUCCUGUCGUUAGACGUCAAUUUUGAUCCCAAAGGCCUUGUUGAAUGAGGAAAAGGCUACCAUUUUACUACUUUAGGAAGAGAUGAAACCAAUUGGGAAGAUUGUUUUCCCUUGGAUGCUUAUGUUGGGGAUCUUAUGGUUUUAUUGAAAAGGAUUUGGCACUAGGUAAAUCCAAUGAGUUUGCUAGUUUCAGAAAUUUGAGUGGAUUUGCCAGAAGACAAAUUCACGACUUUUCAUCUUUUCCAGAUGAGGAUUACCUAGUGAAUGUAGCUUAUCUAUGUUCUAUCCAGGAGUUGAAACCAUAUAAAACAUUAGGAGUCGUUCAUGAUCAAGCGUUGCUUAGAUUUUUCAGAAUUAGCGGGCGAAAAAUCCUGUUGAUGAUGCCUUGUACAUUCUUUACAGAUGGUUAAGAUUCGGUUGAUACCAUUAGAUUAUGAUUACUUGUUUAUCUGAAUUGAUGGAAAGGCAUCACUUCUUAGUUCUUAAUGCUGCUAUUAUUCUGUA